GUCAUUCAAAAUUGAAUAUUCGUUGUUUAACCCCCACCACCAUAACCGACCUCCUUAGUUCCCGCUUGGACCAAGAAAAAUUCGCAUUUGUCUCCCUCUUUUGUCUUCUUUAUCUUUGUCUGUCACACCUUGAAUUCUAUGCAAAUAAGCACCUUGACUGAAUUUGUGUGUGCGUGUGCGUGAGGGAGACAGAGAUAGAGAGACCAAAAAUUUCUUGUCAAGAGUUCGGGAAAAUCCAAUAAACCAAAUGGAGAACAGGAGCAAUAAUGUGUCUCAGAAAGAGGGCAAAGCCAAAGUUGGGAAGCCCCCGACCAGGCUACAGAAGCAGGCCCCAGCAUCUCUUCAGCUUGACAAGGUUGCUGUCUAUGGUGAAACUUCGAAGGCAAUUCCAUUUCUGUCGCCACUCAUUCUAUCCCCACAACCAUGGCCGGAGACAGUAGAAAUACGAUCAGGGAAGAGUGGCAGUAAUGAGGAAGAAGACAAUGGUGCGAAGAGAAGUAAAGCCUUACCACUGGGGGGUGGGUGGCAACAUCCGGCUGUGCCCAUGUACACUGAGCCUGAGGCCUUGUUUACUUGCUUUCAAUCACAGUGCUUGCUGGUGGACAAUGUGCAGUGAUAUUUUGUUGCCAGCGUUAAUUUGCAGAUAGGGAUCCUCUCCUAGUUCCCUGCCACACUCGACCAUUGAACUUUUUCUGCUUGUUUUGCAUCAUUUUUCUCGAAUAUGGCAUCCACGUAUGGCUUUCAUCCUUGAUUUCUGCAAGAAAGAUGUGAGGUUGUUUCCAACUGAUGAAUUUACA